GCCUUUCCAAAAGCUUGACACCAAUUUGCACACCCACGAAUACUGUUACCGUGACCAUCUCGCCAUGCUCUCCCCAACACUGAGCGUGAUCUCUCUUGUCAUUACCAUCGUUGCUAAUUUGAACAUGGACAGGUGGAGUCCUAUUAUUUUGGGGUCAUUGAUUUCGUAGCAAGUGCAGUUGAAGGUGUUUUGCAUGCUCAGUGUGCAGUGCGCGCUGGGAUCACAGGUGAGAUUACACCUGCACCUUUUGGCCGGCAGGUGGGAUGCUGGGCGGGGCUGGCGGAGCGCGUCCGCCUCCUGGGAGGCCAGUCUGGUGCCGCGCCGCCGCCAUCCCGGGCCCCACGGCCAGGGGGCGCUGCAGCGCCCCCCCCAGCCCCCGCCCCGUCCGGGCAGAGGCGGAGAAGCGGGCGGGGAGCAAAGGUUGGUCUUGGCGCUCGGACCUUAGCCAGAGGGUCCGCGGCAUCAUGACGGUGGGAGCCAGGCUCAGAAGCAAGGCGGAGAGCAGCCUCCUGCGCCGCGGGCCCCGAGGGCGAGGGCGGACCGAGGGGGACGAGGAGGCGGCCGCCAUCCUGGACCACCUGGAGUACGGAGACGAGGCAGAGGCGACGGCGGCCGAGAGCGGGGCGAGCGCGGCGGGCGAGCGGGGCCCGGGGGCCCGGGGCGCGCGGAGGGUGCACCUCGCCCUCCUGCCCGAGCGCUACGAGCCGCUGGAGGAGCCGGCGCCGGGCGAGAAGCCCAGGAGGAGGUACCGGCGGAAGCUGAAGAAGUACGGCAAGAAUGUCGGGAAGGUCAUCAUGAAAGGAUGUCGCUAUGUGGUCAUCGGGCUGCAAGGCUUCGCUGCAGCCUACUCGGCCCCAUUUGGGGUAGCCACCAGUGUGGUAUCCUUCGUGCGCUAAUGGGAGCCCCUGCUGUGGGAACCAUGUGAAUCUGGAGCAUCUCAGACUUGAACACACAGCAUACUUGGAAGAGAAAACAUGCCUUUCUUUGCUGAAUCACAUGAGUAUGAUGAAUGAGUCACCCCUGCCCAUCUGCUGAGCUUCUCACGUCUCUCAGUCCCGUGUGGACCCAAUGGUCAAUCCUGCAGAGAAUUCAGCUGAGGUUAGGUUUGGGAGUGGAGCUAGUGUGCUGAAGCCAGAGCCUUCACGUGAAGGUGGCAGGUGCUGGGGUGGAGGCCGACACUCGACAGAUCCAAGCAGUGUGGGUGUACCGCAGAAUCUUGGGGGGAAGAAGAGGAUGUUACUGGAGUCGGAUGAUUUGCUGCAUUCUCCUGGAAAGGUUGUGGGCUGACAGGCGCUCACAUUCCUGGGCUGUCUCGGUUCUGAGGGCAGCUAAGGAGCUGUUUAUUCCUCAGAUCAUUCUCCCCGAUCUCCUUCCUCUGCCACUCUGUCACCAGGAGUUUAAUUACAGGCUUGAGAAGAGGGAAGGAAGAAAAGAGCUCUUUGAAGGCUAUGAUGCUUUGAAAACUGUGUCGGCAAUGUGGCAUGACUGUUUAAAGUAGACAAAAGCUUGUCAUUUUACCCCAUCCUGAAUGGCUGUGAGGCUGGCGAGGAAGGAGGAAGGAGGGCAAGUUCGGACGCAGGCUGGGUGGGUGGCUGGGACAGGCUGGCCAAGGGACCGCUCCUGAGGGCUCUUGUGCCGGCGUUGCCCACUUCGGCCCAGCCACGUGUUUGCAGCAACCAGAGUCCCUGCAAACAUGUGGCUGGCUGCGGUCAGGGCCUACUAACACCAUCGAUGCACUUCUGCCAGAGGCUCAGCUCCUCUCCACCAGGCCAACCAAGAGUGUCUGUCCUGGGUGGGACAUAGGGGCUGAGAGAGAUGGAGGGAGACAUAACAUAUCAGGAUUGAAAAUACAGAAUUAGAGAAGGAAGCAGUAAGUAGGAGACGGAUGUGAAGGAAGUGGAAACAAGGCAAGAUGUUGAAAGAGAGAAAGAAGGUGGCCAUCCAGGAGCCAGGCCUGGAGCGUCAGUGUGGGGGAGUUCAGGUAGGCUGGGCCUGUGCCGCUAGUAGGGACGGGGGAGGCUGGGUGGCCAGGGGUGUCAUGGCUGGUGCUUAAAACCCCUGAGGCCAUGAGUUCAUUGGCUGCCUUUGUAGCAUCCUUUGCUCUUCUAUGCUGCCCAGUGUGAACUCAUCUCACCCGGAUUCAAAGGGUAGGGUGGGCCUGGGUCUUAGGCCUGACACCCACCAAGGAUGACCUGUGGACUGUCAUGGGAUGCUGAACAGGGAGAUGAAAGAAAGGAGGUCCCCCUUACCAUCUCCCCGAUAGGCCACUGUUCUCACUUUGUUUCCAGAAUAUCUGGAAAUCCAAAGGGGCUGUUGCUGAGCAGCCUGCAGGAUCAGUGACAGCACCCACCUGUCGUCCCAAGGCAUGCAGGGCAGGCCUCCACACUCAUGCUUCUCUGAUCAGGCCCCACCAAGACAGAAAGACAGACAGACAGAGAAAAAAGGAAGGGGUGGGAGACAAGGUUGAAGUUGUGCAGCUAGACUCCGCUUCACUUUCUGAAUCUUCAACGUCACGUUGAAGAUUCACUGGGACUGAAUUCCUGCGUUGUUAAUAUUGGUGUGGAAAAGUGAAACAAGUGAUCUGGUUUUAGCCCAGAUGAUGAAAGUGGAUACGGCACAUUUUCACACACGUGAGAUAAUUAUGGCUUGCCCACAGCACUGGGUAUUGGAGAAAGGGAGAGAUAGACGUAAGUGGAAGAAAAAGUCAAGCACAGUGAGUGGGAAAGAGACUGAGGGCCUGUGGGGGCAGGGGACAGAGCUGCUGGGGUCUGUCCUUGCCUAGGAAUCUGUCCCAGGAAGAACUUCCCCACUCGCAUUCCCAAAUUGGAAAAACUGUACAGUUAAGCGUGUUUGGCCCUGAAAUUCUUAAGAAUCUGGUUAAAAAUUAACUCAGAAAUGUCAAAAGUCAAACCUUCCCAGAGAUGAACCUCAGAUGUCACUCGGCCUGAGUCCUCCUCCUCUGUGACAGGGCUGCCCUGGGUGUCUUUUACUCAGUUCCUGGAGCGUAAGCAUUUGGGUCAUGUCAUCGAUAACCAUUUUACCUUUUCUUUCUCUUUUUUUUUCCUUUUUUUAAAUGUCAGUGUCCACACCUUACUGAGAAUUGAGUUUUGGAGCUUUCGCUUGAUGUGCUUGACCGAGAGACUUCUUUUGUACCCUUUUCUUGUCCUGUGAUGUAAAUAAAAGCCUCGAUUUAUGUAA